AUGGCGGUGACCAUGUUGGGGAAAAAGGCUUGUGAUUCCGGUUCACCUGUCGAAUUUACUCGAAUCUAUGGAGAGCGUUUCCACUUCCUCCUUGGCAAUAUCGCUCAGGUUACUCUGGGUAACCAAAACCGUGACGUCACUGGAGGUUUGGCUCCCAUUUGCCGCCGUUUACCUCCGCCCCUCAACGUCGCCGGAAUUGUUGAAUCCGGUAUGCAUUGUACCAAAUCCAUCGGGCUCACUCUCUUGUCCACGCGUCUUCAUUCCCUUUCCUACGCCGUUGAAGCCGGUUUCCCUCUAGCAUUGGUAACCGGCAACCAGCUUCCCAUUCCACCUCGGCUGCACUUUGCCUUCCUCGUCGAGGUGACUCGAUGGCGAUUCCCGGAGAUCUUCGAAACCAGGCUCGUCGAUGCUCCCGUCGGCCUUCCCGUCGGGAGAUCUGCUAAGUGGUAUUUGGGGAACACAGGCCCCGCUGGGAUGUAUGAACCAUCGAACUCGUCGUCUCGCAAGGGAUCAAUGACCCGUGGCGAGGGGGCCAGAGGUUGCGCCCCUAACUGUUGGGAAGCGAAGAGGACAACGUCCCCACGUCUACCGGCAUCUGCCUUCCAGACCACCGUCGCAAGCACCUCACUCUACCUUUCCGAUCCUGGGCGGCUGGUUCAUUCCAAGGAAUGCCGCAUUGCAUUCCCCGCAUCUGCACAGGGUGUUCGAGCGGCAAGCAUGCUCGGAGAUAGCCACUCUACUUCCCCAACGUCAUAUCAUCUCGGUACUAGGCUGGACCAUUGA